UAUGUCCUCAGCACCAACUACUCCUCCAUCAGUGGAUAAAGUAGACGGAUUUUCUCGGAAGUCCGUCAGAAAAGCCAGACAGAAGAGGUCACAAAGUUCCUCCCAGUUUAGGUCUCAGGGCAAGCCUAUCGAGUUAACUCCCCUGCCUCUGCUAAAAGACGUUCCAUCUUCAGAGCAGCCUGAACUGUUCCUAAAGAAACUUCAACAGUGCUGUGUCAUUUUUGACUUCAUGGACACGCUUUCAGACCUUAAAAUGAAAGAAUACAAGCGCUCCACUCUUAAUGAACUGGUGGACUACAUUACAAUAAGCAGAGGCUGUUUGACAGAGCAGACUUACCCUGAAGUAGUUAGAAUGGUAUCUUGCAAUAUCUUCAGAACUCUCCCACCUAGUGACAGCAAUGAAUUUGAUCCAGAAGAGGAUGAGCCCACCUUGGAAGCGUCAUGGCCACAUUUACAGCUUGUAUAUGAGUUUUUCAUACGAUUUUUGGAAAGCCAAGAAUUUCAGCCCAGCAUUGCCAAAAAGUACAUAGAUCAGAAAUUUGUAUUGCAGCUGUUGGAGCUGUUUGACAGUGAAGACCCUCGAGAACGAGACUACCUAAAAACAGUCUUGCACAGAAUUUAUGGCAAGUUUCUGGGUCUUAGAGCAUUUAUCCGAAAACAGAUUAAUAAUAUUUUUCUACGAUUUGUUUAUGAAACUGAACACUUCAAUGGCGUAGCUGAACUGUUGGAAAUUUUAGGAAGUAUUAUCAAUGGUUUUGCUUUACCUCUUAAGGCAGAGCAUAAACAGUUUCUGGUGAAGGUGCUGAUCCCUUUACAUACUGUCAGGAGUUUAUCACUCUUCCAUGCGCAGCUGGCGUAUUGCAUAGUACAGUUUCUGGAGAAAGACCCCUCACUCACAGAACCAGUCAUUAGAGGUUUAAUGAAAUUCUGGCCAAAAACCUGCAGUCAGAAAGAGGUCAUGUUCCUAGGAGAGCUGGAGGAAAUCUUGGAUGUAAUCGAACCAUCACAAUUUGUCAAAAUCCAGGAACCCUUGUUUAAACAAAUUGCCAAGUGUGUCUCUAGCCCUCAUUUUCAGGUGGCCGAAAGAGCGCUGUAUUAUUGGAAUAAUGAAUACAUCAUGAGUUUGAUAGAGGAGAAUUCAAAUGUUAUACUUCCCAUCAUGUUUUCCAGCCUUUAUAGGAUUUCUAAAGAACACUGGAAUCCGGCUAUUGUGGCUUUAGUCUACAAUGUGUUGAAGGCAUUUAUGGAAAUGAACAGCACCAUGUUUGACGAGCUGACAGCCACUUACAAGUCAGAUCGUCAGCGUGAGAAGAAGAAAGAGAAAGAGCGUGAAGAACUGUGGAAAAAACUGGAGGAUUUGGAAUUAAAGAGAGGUCUUAGACGUGAUGGAAUAAUUCCAACUUAACAAAAAAACAAAACAGCAUUAUUAACCUGUGGAGUCACACAUUUAUGUAGUAGAAGAUGGAGCAACAGUUUUCUGUAUUGUGCAACUUUACAGUAGAUUUCACAUUUGUUUCAUUAUUACAACAGCACUGUAUAUACCUGUCUCUAAGUAAAGGAAAAAAUAAGGACUUUAAUCCAAAGUUUGGACAGCAGAUGGACUUCUCAGAACUUUGCAAACAUAAUCAUUGUUUUAACCCUUCUUUAAAACCAGUCUUCAAAGAUCUGUUGAUGAAAAUUGCAAUGUCAAAUUCCAUUGUCAGGACCUGUUCCUUAUUUAUCGUUAGCAGAGAGUGUAAUACAACUUUCAAAUGUGAACAAUCUUAAAAUUUAGCUUGUCUUUCUGCUAAACUGUUAAGUGUAUUUAUAGUAAAAGAGAAAAAAGACUGUCAUUUCCUUAUGAGUUUGUGUAACAUCCUCCUUCUCUGGAUAACUUUACUGUAAUUUGACUUUUUUUCCUUUUGCACAUCUUCAUAAGUUGAAUGUCCAUUCAGAUCAGGGCCAUGAAAAACAUAGGUCCUGAAUAAAAGUUUUGUUUACUGGUGUGAGCAUUUUUUUAGUACCAGGGUGUCUCUGGUGCUUCCUUAAUUUGAACAUUAGGAGUUAAAAAACAAGUAGGUGAUAAACAUAGUAGGAAAGGGAGCUUUGGAUUCAUGCACCUAUUUAUUGCAAAUCCAAAUUAGUGUCCACAAUCCUUUAAAAAUGGGCAGUGGUAACACCCUGGACUUCAGUACCUAACCAGUAUUAGUGAUACGGCAUUGGACACACAUACCGGAGUUGUUUUAGAAAUACUAAUGGCUAAAUUAUUACGCUAUGUUUUUAUUGGACCAUUUUGAAAGAAUAAAGACAAACGCUAAACAGUGCAAGCAUGAAAUUGAUCUCCAGUGGUCAUGGAUCUAAUUGGAAAUUGAGUUGAGAUGGCAGUUUGGACUGUUUGGAGUUGUUGCCUUACUUUUUAAUAUGUAUUUAUAAAGUGUUCCAGCAAAAGAGGAUGUAGCCUCUAAGAAACAUACUAUAGUGUUUUUGUGGUUUUAGUACUAUUACACAUCACAAUACCAGCCCUAUGGUCUUAGCUGGAAAGGAUUCUGGAUAAUAUACUUCUGCAUUCUCAUCUGGAUGCUCAUUCCUAACUACUGUAUUUGUUACCAAAAGUGGUUCUACAAAUGCUACUGAAAAAAAUUCUGGAAAUCCUAAUGUUCUGAGUAUUAAUAAUAAAGUUUAAAAUGCUUUUAUAUCAAA